AUGGAGUCAAGCCAGCUUGCGCAGGCUGGUCAACCCUUAACGCACCAGGAGUCGAGGGACAAUGUAUACGGCGCCGCUCUCGGUGGUGGAGACAACCCCUGGGCCCCAUUCAAUUCAAAGAAAGACUGGGAGAUUGCUAGAUGGGCGAAACUUCGAGGAGCUGGGUCGACAGCAUUUUCAGAGCUUCUGGCAACCGAUGGUGUCCACGAUGCCCUCAAUUUGUCAUACAAAAACUCGGAAGAACUCAAUCGAAUCAUCAACACUAAAUUGCCUGGACGGCCACAAUUCACAUGUCGGGAGGUUGUGCAGAGUGGCGAAGUUGUAGAGUUCUACAUGCGUGAUAUCAUAGAAUGUCUUCGCGCUCUGUGGGGUGACCCAGACUUUGAUGGCGACCUCAUUCUUGAGCCUGAGCGACUCUAUGCGGAUGAAGACAUGACAAUUCGCAUUUAUCACGAGAUGAACACCAGAAAGUGGUGGUGGGAGACACAGAACAUCACGAUCGUACCUAUCAUAAUUUCAUCGGACAAAACCCAGCUCACGCAAUUCCGUGGCAAGCAGGCUUACCCCAUCUACCUCACCAUCAGCAACAUUCCAAAGCACAUUUGUCGAAAACCUUCUCGACAAGGUCAAGUCUUGCUGGCCUAUCUCCCAACAUCAAAACUUGGUCAUAUCACAAAUAAAUCUUCCCAUCAUCGCUGCAUCUCGAACCUCUUCCACCAUUGCAUGCAGACCAUUGUCAAGCCAUUGGAGCGUGCUGGGCAUGACGGAAUCAUUCUCAUCAGUGGAGAUGGUGCUGCGAGAAGGUGCUUCCCAAUUCUUGCCGCCUACGUGGGGGAUUAUCCGGAACAAGUCCUUGUCUCGCUGGUGAAAACUGGCACUUGUCCCAUCUGUCCUGCACCACGAGAUGAGAUAGGCGACUGGGACAGUAUUCUUGAGCCUCGCGAUGCCCAGAAUGUUAUUGAAGCUCUCAAUGCCAUCGAUAAAGGGGCUACUGAGUUCAUGAAGGCAUGCGCUGAUGCAGGAAUCAAGCCUGUCCAGUGCGUUUUCUGGAAAAACCUUCCCUACAUUGACAUCUCCUCUCUAUCACGCCUGACAUCCUGCAGCAAUUGUAUCAAGGGCUGCUCAAAUAUCUCAUCGGGUGGAUUCGGGCUAUUUCUUUUGGCAUUGGUUGCCGAUGUUCGUCUUCCUGAUGGCCAUUCCAAUGUGCGACUAGUUCGUACAGUCCGCGCAGUCCUCAAUUUCAUUUAUCUAGCCAGAUACCCUAUUCACACAUCCAAAACACUGGCUCAGAUGAAUGAUGCUCUUCACACAUUCCACGUAAACUGUGAUAUUUUGGUUUCUCUUGGUAUCCGGACCCAUUUCAACAUUCCGAAGCUUCACAAUGCCAGUCAUUAUUACGAAUUGAUUCAGCUCUAUGGUACAGCCGACAAUUUCAACACAGAAUUUACCGAGCGGCUUCACAUUGAUCUUGCAAAGGAUGUGCAGCAGAUGGCAAAGCACCCAACCCAUCAAGGUGUGCCCAUUGAUGUCAUUUGCACGAAGUACGGUGCUACACAAUUUAUCCCAGCUCUAUCAUGUUUCGUUGCUCAAUAUCAACAUCCCGAAUACUUGAAAGCCCAAGUUGAAGCUGCCUCCACCUCUAUUCACAUUCCUUUCUCCAAAAUUUCUGUCUUUCAUCAUCUGAAAUUCAUCAGCUAUGAUGUAUACAGCCUGAAUCCUCUUGACAAAAUUGUGGUUGACUCAAUACACACUGAUCCAGUGCAUUUCGACAAGUAUAGAAAUGUUGUUCCUGGGCGAUUUGACACUGCUGUUGUUCGGGUUAAGGACUCUGAUGGUGGCGCCAGUUUGAACUUGGAAGGAUCAAAAUUCCAAGUUAUUCAAGGUUUCGCGCUUGGUGGCUCGGGGAGAGCACCAUACAAUGUUUUUGACAAUGAUCCUGAUGAUCAAGAUCCAACAAAACCAUGGCUUGCUGAGUUCUGCAAGUAG